UUCGUUUCGUUUCGUUUGCAUUUCGAUAUGUGAUCUUUCCGUCGUUCUAUCGUCGUCGUUGGCUCGCUGUGUCACCGCGUAUUUUAUAUUCAACCUAUAAGUCUAUGAUUUAUGUUGUAGCUUUAGUGUGUGAAGACACUUUAGAGUAUAUUGAACUUAAUUCGGGGCCGAAAUAAAUAAGAAAACAAAAAAAUAUAUAACAAUAAUGUUGGCCUUGAGAGUUUUCCUCGAUCAGUUAUAGUGAGAGGACGGAAGUCACACAUGGUACAUAUAGAUAUACCCUACCCACUUAUAUCUUUAUUUAUGUACAUUGUUUUGUUUGGAUAUAUGUAAAGUGUGAUUAGUCAUCAUCAUCAUAAUCACAACAUCAUCAUUAACAAAUUAUGAGUUAUAUAAAUGGCGCAAAAAUGAUGGAAGCUGGUUGCAAGGGUGGUAUUGGCGCUGCACCUAGUUUAAUGGCAGCGGGGAAAAAAUCCACAACUGUGCUAGACCGUUUGUGUGACUUUUGGAAUGAACGCAUAAUGGAGCGUUUUAUCAAGGCAAACUUGUUCCUGAUUUGUUGUAUUGCAGCUGCACUCCUUCUGAUUGGAUAUUUAGCUGCAUUUUCUUGUGAAGUCUCUUGGAUAUUAGAAGCUAGAGGAGAACUACCAAACUCAGCUUAUGUACUGUGUACGCAGUAUUUUAUUGUUUUCGUAGCCACAACGAUUUUAAUUCAUGGCUUGGUAACGGGACUGUCGUGGGGAUUAUUCGCGUGGUCAGUGAUAAUUGGAAUUCUAUCAAUUCCGGAACUAUUUUUUGUAAUGGUUAUGACAACACAACAUUGGGGUCUACAAUCUGUACAUGGUCUCACCGAACUUAUAUCCUACCUCAUACGUCUUGUGAUCAAUUGUUUCGCCCUUAUUUGUGUCAUUCCUACUGGACUAAAAUGGCGAAGAGAAUCACAGGUACUAUCACAAUUACAAAACUUAGCAACUCGCCUACAGCUACAAACACCGCCACCUAGUGCUCCGAUAAUUAAAGGAGAUUCUCGAAGAGCGAGCAAACGUUCUCAAAACACUCCGACAUUAACCUCAUUCGAUAAUGCUGGUUAUAUAAUUAACGAACCGAAACAGAUUCAUGGAUCACAGCAAUUCUUCCAUAGCAAUUCAGCUUUUGGCUCACAGAAUGAAUUCAAUGCCAGUCAUUUUGCACCGGCUCAGCAAUAUUCAACUCCUGCAAGAGGAAAUCGAGCUCAAUCCCUAAUGGACCUCCGAUGCACUCUCCCUGGGUUGUACAAUCCUCGAUAUGUGAUCGAUAACGAAGAUCACAAUGCGAAAUAUUUCAACAUAACCGUUGACGAUUUGAAAAACAGCCUAAACGAUUCCAAGAAAAUAUCAACCAGUGUGGAAGAGCAAAAUUCAAUAAUUGGUUCAGUCACAACAGACCCAAUCUAUUGUACAAUCGAUUCGGCAAAGCCUCAAAAACAACUUUCCCGGAAUUGUGUGUCCUUGGAGAAUCUCGAUGGCAUUGCCAAAGUCCAACGUGAUCUUAAUUAUGGUAAUAAUCUGCUUCAAAACUACGAACAGCAAUAUUAUUUGGCAAUGAUGGGCCAUCCGAUCAACUAUAAUCCGCAUCAGCAUCAAGCUCUUUUGGAGCAUUUGCAUCGACACCAUCACAAUCCAAGGCAGUCGAAUAGACAUUCCUCGUCCCAGCGACAUAAUAUGGCGGUGGCGGCGGCGGCCUCCGCAAACGGAAUGGUCGGAAGCGGUGGAAUCGGUUAUGGAGGUUAUACGAAUCCCUUCGCCUACAAUGCACCUGGAAAUAGUAAAUUAUCACUCGGGAACGAAUCCGAUGACUAUCGAAAAUAUCGUGAUGUAGCUCUAUAGAGUAAUACAGAUGUAGAUUGAGGGAUAUAACCGCUAUAUCUCUACCAAAGAAAAAUUCCACUAACCGAAUCUCAACUUAUCCAACAAGUGGUUGAUUUAAUAUUUUUUUGUUUUAUUCUCUCUCUUGAGAAAACCUCAUAUUGUUAAGGUACUAAAAAUAUUGAACUUGCAUUGGGAUUUAAACAAAUAAAAACUUAAACUAUGGUGGCUAACUUCGCAAAGCAAAUAAAUGCUCUCAAGUAAAAUUAAUAAACAAAAA